CCGUAAUGACAGAAUCAGAAAGCCGGCUGGAUGAGCUAGGAAGUAGUUAGCCAGCAAGCUAACCGGACCAGACGGCUGCCUUUCUCUUCUUAACAACGAAAUAAUUAAUUCAUCUGACACAUAAGGAAGAGUAUGGUGAAGGUCUGACGAUGGCACAGAAAGACACGCUGUUACAUCUCUUCGCCGGGGGAUGUAGUGGGACGGUGGGAGCAAUCAUGACCUGCCCACUGGAGGUGCUGAAGACCCGACUGCAGUCCUCAGGCCUCACUCUCCGGCCAGUUUUCCAGGUGCAAUUGGGCACCCUGAGUGGGACCGGAGUCAUCCGACCAGGGACUGUUACUCCAGGCCUGUUGCAGGUCCUAAGGUCAAUUCUAGAAAAAGAGGGACCAAGAUCACUUUUCCGGGGCCUAGGUCCAAACCUUGUUGGGGUGGCUCCCUCUAGAGCUAUAUACUUUGCUGCAUACUCCAAGUCUAAAGAGGUGUUCAAUGGGGUGUUAGUUCCCAACAGCGGUGCCGUGCACAUGUCCUCAGCUGGUGUUGCAGCCUUUAUUACUAACUCCCUAAUGAACCCCAUCUGGAUGGUCAAGACGAGGAUGCAGCUGGAGAAAAAAGCCAGAGGAGAGAAGAAGAUGAAUGCACUGCAGUGCGCCCGUUACGUUUACAGAACAGAGGGGAUCCGGGGCUUCUACCGAGGCCUGACUGCAUCCUACGCCGGCAUCUCAGAGACCAUGAUCUGCUUCCUCAUCUAUGAGACGCUGAAGAAACACCUCGCUGAGAGACACUUCUCAUCCCCAAACAGUAACACGGACAAAGGCGCAUCCGAUUUCCUGAGCCUGAUGCUAGCAGCUGCGUUUUCAAAAGGCUGUGCGUCUUGCAUCGCCUACCCACAUGAGGUCAUUCGGACAAGACUGCGUGAGGAAGGCAGCAAGUACAAGUAUUUCUUCCAGACAGGGAGGUUGAUAGCAGUGGAAGAAGGCUAUGCAGCUUUUUAUAGAGGACUUGUUCCUCAGCUAAUUAGACAAAUACCCAACACAGCCAUUGUUCUCUCCACCUAUGAACUCAUUGUCCACCUGCUGGGCGAGUCAAAGUAAGGACUUGUUUGAAAGUCAUGUUGGCCGAGAGACUAAAAAGUGCAGCACAUUGACGGUUAUCAAGGUGCUGCUAGAAGACUUUUUUUUUUUUGGUGCAAUUUGAAGCGGGUUGUACUGUUAUCCAAAGACCUUGAUAUGUUCUAUUUUAUUGAAAGCAUGUCUUUAGAGGGUACGUAAGAAUUCUUCAUUUACUGUACCCAUGAAUACGGCAUAUCUGAGAACUUUUUUUUUUUUUUUGUUU